CCCAGGGUGCUUUGCAAAGGAGCGUUGCUGGGGGAACGACUCCCGGGAAAGCUGACGCCGCAACUCUCGCGGGAGAACGGGCGGCCUCAGCAAGCACGUCUCUCGCGAGAACUGUGCGCGGCACUCGCGAUGGCGGCGGGUUCGGGGCUGUUCGAGCUGGAAGUGUUGAUGGAGGCGGUGUGGGUGGUGGCGCCGCCGGGCCCCGUGGUGUGCCCGGCCGUAACGCUGCGCCUCUUGGACUUCCCCACCCUCCUGCUGCGCCCCGCCGCCUCCGCGCCGCCCCUGCGCCCGGGGCGGGCCUUCCCCUUCGGCCGCGGCAAGCGCUGCCUCUUCCGCUGGUGCCGGGGCUCGCUCUGCGCCGCGCUCCGCCGCCGGCCGCUCCGCGUCUUGCUCCUGGCGCUGCCCGCCGGGCUCGGCCCGGGGCCCUCCCGCCUCCUCGGCAGCUGUGGUGUCUCCCUGGCCCCCGCCGCCGCCGAGGUGCUGCAGCGGCCCGGGGCGCCUGCUUCCUGCUGUCGCCGCGGGCGCUUCCCUUUGCGGGACGCUGCGGGCCGCCCCGUCGGGGAACUGGUACUGAGCUACCGGCUCAGCAGCCUGGAGGCCGGUGAGCAGCCGUCCCCGCCGAGCCCCGUUAGCCCCCGCGCUGCCACGCCGCCUGCCACCUCCCCUGAGCUGGGGAGCGAGGAAGAGGAGGGCGAGGAGCUGGUGGGCAACAUCUUUUGCCCUCCCAUGCUCUAUUACAGCCAUGAGCCUGCUGAGCCAGAUCUGCCGCCAGCAGCAGCGGCUGCAGGGCAGUGGGAACGUGUCGAGGCCUGGGGACCGCAGGAGAAAGGCAAGGACCAGAGCCCCCCACGUCCCAGUGCUGGACCCUCAUUGCUGCACCCAGCCAGCCCUCCACAGCUCUGCAGUGUCCUGGGGCAGCUGCCGGUACUUAGUGCCUUGCUAGCAGAGCUGUCAGUGCUCACCCACAGUGCUGUGCCUGGUGCUGUGCAUCCCCCGCUUGCCUGGCUCUACCGGGCUCCAGGAAGCAAUGGCAUGGCCUCACAGGCUCCCAACCCCAGCCAUUCCUCUGGUCUCAAGCCUGCAGAGGCACCUGUGGGGCCUGAUGAGAGCACUGGAGCUACCAGCCCUCAACUCAAGCAAGGCCAUCAAGAGGCCAUCUCUGCAGCAUCUUCUCAGGCUGGGAGAGGAUCUAUGAAAGCUGUACCCCAGGUAGAGAUGGGCUCUGAAAGGAACUGCGGAACUAAGGAAAACAGACCUCCCAGAAAGAAAUUGUUGUAUGGGCUGACAAAUACACUGAGGCUACGGCUGCAGAAAACCAACCCUGAUAAACUGGUAAUUCAUGAAAGGAGAGAGCAGUACAGAAAAAAGCAAAUAGAGAUGAUGAAGGAGAGAAGCCCUUUAUCCAAAAGAAAGCUGCUCAGAAGUGCUGGAGAACAGCAUGUGAUUUCUUACAGGUGUUGUAGCAAGGGAGACGGUUCAAAGCGGAAUAAUCAGUUCGAUAAAGCUAUUCAGACUUCAUUAGAAAACAGUGCUCUCCCAGAGUCUGUUUCUGUGACACAAGAUGUGUCCCCUGACCUGCAGAAACAAGCCACUGCAAGUCCACUGAAGAGUGAUGAAAUUGCAAGCAAGGAACAUCCAUGCAAAAUAUCUACGCCCCCCUUACUGGAGGAAACUCUAUUAAAAUCUGCCAAGAAGGAAACGCAUGCAAAAUCUGAACUCCCAGCAGCUUUCCCAUCAGAUGCUAAUGCAAAGAAGAGUAAUGGGGAGGGAAUACACUUCAUCCAUCCUAAAACAACGGAGCAUGAUAAUGUAUCUGUUAUAAGUGAUCAUAAACCAGGCCCCAGCAGGAGUGCUGAAGACAGCUCUGAAUUUAUUUACUCAGAUGACUUUGUUACUAGUCCUGAGAACACAGUUUAUUCAGAAGAUUUCACCAGUGCUGAGUAUACAGACAGAGGCUCAGAAGCUCUUGACAGUAAUCCUGAACCUCUGUGGCUUGAAAGCCCAAAGCAAGGUUGCUCAGACACAGAGGUGGAAUCCAGCAGGUCCAGAAUUUCAAAGACAAGUCAAAGAGCUGAAAGUCCUUCAGAGCUUCUGCCGGUUCCUUCAGCUUUAUCUCCAGUCCAGUCUUUGAAGAGAAACCGUGACUUAAAAAUCAGCAGAACUAGCGGUGAAUCUAUUGAUUCACUUAACCUUGUUUGAAGAGAGGCAUUGUUGUUAGAUGGAGAGCAGGAAGCCUGAUAGAUCAUUUCCCAGGAAAGACGAGGUGAUCAGCAUGUUAAACAAGUAUCUACACUGAGAAGCAGAAAAGUUAGUUCUCAUCCUGAUCUGAAUAUAGGAAAGGGGCAGACCUCUGCAGGAAAAAGCCUAUCUCAAGUUAGCUCUUACUUGCUACUUAACAUGUCUGAUCUUGACCUUAGUGUCCUGGAAAAUAGUAUCAAAGAGGAUGAUUUUUUGGGGAAAGUAUGUCUGCUUCACAGGCAAGAAAAAGAGAAGACAGAUGAAGGAUCAAGUCUUGUCUCACUAAACAGAAAACCCUGGGUUUGAAAUCUCAGCUUUUUGAGCAAGAAUAGCUUAUUUUUCCACAUGCAUUCCAUCCAUGGUUCUUUGUCAAAGUUUCAGGAAAGGUUAUUAACUAGUACUCUAAUUACAGUGUGGGCCCUUACCCACUGUGAGACUGAUGUAAAACCAAGAUGGUUUCUUGCAGUCCCCCAGGGGUCUGCGUCUAAGAGCUUUCUGUUGUUACUGCAGGUUGAGCAAUCCCAUAAACACACAGUCUCAUUUAUGUCUUUGUUACAUGCUUGACAGUCAUGGCUAGUCACAGUCAAAGUGUCACAAGUCCAAAAUAUUUACUAAAAGCUCCCUAUUUCCUAAUCCCCCAUAGCCCUCAGAGAUUUCAUAUAUAACUGUAUUUUCACAGAAUUUACAGUAGUUUUCAUUUUGGUCGCAUUGACUCAUUAACUCCUUGCUCCACACUAUUGAGCAGUAAACUAUAGUUACUUCAAAUUGAAGUUUUGUGGUGGUGGUAGUUACACUUCUAACUUUACUACAAUGAAAUUAAAAUAUAGAAAGUAAUUACCUGAGUUUAUUAUAGAUCCUCACUAAACAAAGCUAUCUGACUUCUUACUUUUGGCUUGUUACUUUAGCAACUGGUCUUUGUUUUAAGUCGCUACAAUAUUCUAGAGAUAAGGUCGAUGGCUAUUCCAUAAACCCCCAUAGUUUUGUUGCUUAAGAGAAGGGUGAUUAAAUAAGCAAAUAAAAUUGAACUUAAUGUUUUCACCAUCAGUCCCAAACUGAGAAAUAAACUCUUUGAUAUACACAUUAAUUCUCAGAAUUUAUGACCUAAGCCAAGUUUUCUAUGACUGUCUUUUAAACAGUUAUUUCAGCAUGCUGUUUAGUAAAAUAAAUUUAGAUAGCCAAUAUAACUGUAUAACUGAUGGUGCGAUGGGAAGAGCAGGAUAUCAAAUACUGACAGUUUGGGUCACUUUACCUCUUCAACUGUAAUGUUUUUCCUGCUGUUAAGUAGUUCUGAUCAGUCUCAGCCAGUGGCUAGGAACAUUUUUAAGAAGUCCCAGCCAAGCACAUUUCCUUCACUUCAGUUUUUAUUCCUCAGCUCCUGGCACUCUGACUGUGUUUGUGAUUUCUCUAAUGAAAGUUCCUACCACCUAUUUUACAACCUAUAAUCCCUUCAUCGUUGUGGAAGUUACUUCUUUCAGUUUUCUGAAAUUACAUCCAGCCUUGGUAACUGUGCAAUUGAUUUUUUUCAUUGAGUUACUGAUGCUCUUGGUACCUUCAUUUUCUAGGUCCCAGUAUUUUAUGAUGCCUGCUGUUGUAAUCAUUCCUUUUCUCUUUGUGUAAGUGCUAUUUAGAGUUAAAUGCUAGUCAUUAUUUGAAAAUCUGUGAGCUUUUGCUUCCCUUUUCUCGGCAUUUGUCACCAGCAUCUACUUUACUGCUUGCUCAGCUUUGUUUGUCUAGAAAGAAGACAAAUUAUUGACUCUUACAUUCCCAUCCUUAAAAGGUUUUGUCGACUUCUACAUGCAAGAUUUUCACCAGCUCCUGUGAAAUGGCACAGUGCUCAUUUAGAGCUGCAGAAUGACCAUCCAGGACUGUGAACAUUUGCUUGUGGUUAUCAGACAGCAGGCUUCUCUGCCUCUCUCAAAUGUUGCUGUUAAUCCCUUUUUAAAGUUUUGAUUUCCAAACUAACCUUUCAUUUAAGAUGACUGAGGCCAUGUCUGUGAGAACAGACACUGGCUUUAUUUUAAUGUGCAUUUAGAGUUAAUAGCAGUCACAUCUGCUAUAGCUAAUGUUUGCUACCAGCUAGCUGCUUGCAUUUUCUAUCCUUCCUUUUAGUCAGUACACUGAUUUUAAUUUCAGUUUUGUUCACAUUCAGAUUCUUCCCUCAUCUUAAAUUCCUUGUAUGUAUGCAGCUCCGUUAUGUUGAAGUCACCCAGAUGAGCUGCAGCCACUGCCUCUUUCGUGUUUAGCAUUGACUUACCGGUAUUAA